AUGAAGGUCCUAAAAACAUUGGUGCUUACUUCAAAUCGUAUAGCACAGCUAGAGGAGGAUUGUUUCAAUGGCUUGGAAGACAAACUCCAAUUUUUGGACAUGAGUUUAAACACAAUUCCAUUGUCAGAUUUGUCCAAAUUGCAGGUCCUACGUUACCUACAAACACUUAAAUUACAAAACUCUGGAUUAACAACAAUUCCAACAAGUGCAGCAGUUUUCAGCAACAAACCAAAUCUACAGAUUCUAGAUCUCCGAGGCAACCACUUUACAGAUAUACCUAAUGGAGUAUUCACAAACCUGUCAUCGCUGCUAGAACUGGACCUUUCUGAAAACCAGAUUAGAACAAUGGGGGACACUUCUUUCAGUGGAUUGACAAGCUUGAAAAAACUUGACCUUGGCCGUCAGAGUCUAGUGGGCAGUUCCCUCACAUUACCCCCUCUGACUCCUCUUUCCUCCUUGACCACCCUAAAUCUGGUAAACACGCCCCUCUCCACCCAAAGUUGGAACAGAAUUAGUCAGGCUACUUCUAUGACAACACUCAACUUGAGACAAACUGGCCUCACUAGUAUCCCUAACAUGUCUUUCAGGACAAUGACAAAUCUCAGUUCCCUUGAUCUUGGAAACAAUCGAAUCACGACCAUUAAUCAAGAAACAUUUGUAGGUCCUAAAUCCUACUUAACAAGCAUUGAUUUAUCUUCAAAUUUGAUCAAUUACUUUGAUAGCUGCACUUUCCAUGAUUAUGGCACUCAAUUGAAGUUGAACCUGAUAGGCAAUCCUCUUCAUUGUGACUGUCAUCUGUACUGGCUUAGCAAGGCUGUCAGGGAUGGACAAAUUUCUUUAGAAAUGUAUCUCCCGAACACAUGUAUUUACCCAUCUGUAAGGAAUGGUUCUGAUUUCUCAACACUCAACCCCAUUGACUUGUGCUCCACGGCACCAACCCCAGCAGUGUGCAGUGACUACUACAGCCCUACAACCACGACCACAUCGACCACUACCACGACCAUUACCACAAAAAUAAGCAUUGGCAUCACAGUCACCUUCAAGAGCGCCACUCUUAACAGCAUCACUAUCUCUUGGACAUUGGACCGACCCGAACUCUUGAAUCACAUCACAAUCAGCCACAUAGAAGUACCUGGUGGCACCACCCACAGUUAUUCAAGGGAGAUCACCCCUGGUAAUUCACAAUAUAGCAUUGCUGGAUUACAACAAAAUACAGGAUAUGAAAUUUGCGUUUUAUUAAACAGAAAGGAUGGCCAACCUCAACAAACAUGUAUCAGAGAAAAAACCCAAGCAACUGCAACACCGCCAUCCUCUACUGACAACCCGACAUCCAACUCAACGGAAAUCGGACUUAUCAUUGGGUCCGUUAUUGGAGGACUAGUGCUGAUAGCCAUCCUUGUUGCAAUCAUCUAUCUUGUGUUUCUACGGAAAAAGUCUCCCAAGGAAAAAUAUCCUGUUCAGCCUCGACCCUUCACACGAUCGGAACUUCCCCAGAUGGGAUAUGAUUCCAAAAGGUAUGGCCGAAAGAAGAAGAAGGAUACUACAGAUGGCAACCAAAACCAGGUAACUGUGUCUACAGUAACUGAUGGUAAAAAUGGCCAGCCUAACCUAGGUCGUAUUUCAGCUGGAAGUUAUCAAUACUUGGAUGAAAAGCAACCAGUCAGCAAUAAGCCAAACCCAGUUCCUCCCUAUGUUAAUGAUGCAGCAGCAAAACAUUCUUCCUCUCCGUACGAGAAUGAUGUGGACAUGCGUCCACUACCACGGAAGCCACAAGACUCGACUGGUUACUAUAACCCAGCCUUCCGGAACAGCACGUACCCAGACCAACAGCCUCAUACAUACACAGAGAUCCACUUGUAGAGUUCCUACAUGAUAUUAGCCAAUGUGUGCCUCUACAAAUCGCCCUUUCAAUGUGCCUUGACAAACACGAUCAGUGACCCGGCAGACUUACAAACAUCAAGCUGGGUCCAUUGUAAGGUUCUACAAGUGUGGUCUGCAUUACUGGUGCAAAGACUGUGGACUGAAGAACAAGCUAUCAAUCUGUGUAUGUGAAAGAGAUACUUACAGGUAUAUAGCACCCAACAAACAAGUAUUUGUGGAAAGAUUUCCAUAUUAUUUUCACGGAAACAAGAUCUGUGUAUCACUCAACAGUACUUAAGGCUCCGUAAUAUAUCUGGGAGUCCUGACAAUUCAUGCUUGAAUGUUUGUGUGUGGCCAAGAUGAUGUGUGACUUCCUCAAGCUCUUCACAGCAAAGAACACUCCAGCUGCAGGAAGUGCUUACUGGUGCUUAGUACAAGGUUUACUAACUGUGACUCAUCUCAAGCACCUAAUAGACUUGUGUCUGGUCUAACAGGGGAUGAGCCUUUCUGAUGGAACUAUUAAAGAGACUGCAGGUAUCAAACAACAGACCUGUCCCCCGUUUCACAAAGCAUGUUUGGGACUACAAUGUGUUGCAAUUAUAUUAGCAAUAACACCACUUUGAGGAACGGGGUUCUGAUCUUCCAGCAGCUAUGAACAAUGUGAGUGCCGUCCAUCAACAAUUUUAGAAACAGAAAUGACUUGUGAUAUUAUAUAUCAGAGCAUUUACACCUACCUUGGAGAUUUCUACAAACAGGUGAAACUGUCCUGAACCUUCAAAAAUCCCAAAACCUGCUGACUUGAUAUCCUACAUACAAAAUAUAUUUCCAGUGUUGUGAAAUUAUUUGUCAUGGCUAUAACCUAAACACUACAGUGGAUGUUUCUACAUUUAGGAUAUGCAUCUAUGGCUAUAUUUUGUCACCAAAUAAUCAAACUGAAUUAAUACCAAAACUUGUUAUCUCAUUACCUCAGUUUAAAUGUUUUUUAAUGAAUAAAUUAACUCAUUACAUUUGAAUGUUUAAAUUAUCAUGAUUAUGUCCUAAUUAUGGAGUAUUUUUUGUACAAGUUUAUAAACUUUUGACUAUAUCCAGAUACACAGGAAUAAUACGCUUAAUCUGAAAAUAAAUGUGCAAGUGUUGGCUAAUAAUGUAUUUAUAUCUGACAGAAUGUAUUGUGAAUUGAGAACUACUUCCUGGUCCUAUUACACCAGGUGCAAUCAUCUGCAUGAAUCCAAAUGGCAUGUUAAUGAAAUUUAUGAAUAUUCAUAGGUCAGUCCACCCUUGGAGGCAAAUGGGGCUUUGUUCCAUGAAUAUUGAUAAUUUCUCUUCACAGUCCUGAGAUCCAAGCAGAUGUCUGAUUCUCAAAUGACCAUGUACAGCCUGAGAUCUCAAUCAAGUGCUAGUCGACCUCUCCGACAUUAUGUACAUGCAUACUGACUAUUGGUGAACAAUGGCCUCUGGCACAUCCUAUGUGUAUGCAUUGACCAGAGAUAGCAGAAUAUAAUAUACAUUCCAGUUGAUUUUUGUUUUGAUAUACUUUGUAUACCACUCUAUACAGUUCUAUUUUUAUGUUUUAGCUUGUAUAUAUUGUACAGAUGUACAUAUCUGAUAUUAUAAGGCUGUAAGGAGCUAAAGCAGCCAACCGUGGACAGAGGAACCUUGCUUGUCUCCAUUAUGACCGUCCAGGUUACCUAGGUAACUGACAAAUCAUAGUAUUCUGUUAAAGGGGGACCAAACUGGCAGUCUGCUAGUUUCAUUGUAGCCUUCAACCAAACCACUGAGUGAUAGUUAUUUUUUUUAGCAUCUCAAUCUUGUGGAUAAUGGUUACCAAAUGUAUUUUUGACAACCUGGUCUGAAAAAGGCCCAAGCCUUUUAAUGGUAUUAAAGCAAUCAUCUGGACCAUAAGGUGUCCUGAGUGCCUGUCUUAAGCCUGUUUCCUCUGUCUAUGAGUGGUAGAAUAUAUAUGCAAACAGAUAUUAUGUACAGACUUUCUUAGUUAUGAAACAUAUAUUCUUAUGGUAAUAAAUUCUUAAAACAAA